AUUUAGGGUUCCUUUUUCUCUCUCGCUCUUUCAAGCCGUCUCCGCCAAAGCCAAAUCCAAGAAGAGAAGCCUCGCAUUCCAAUUACAUAUACUUCAGUCGGACGAUGCAUUGGCGCAGUCCGCAGUUCGCAUCUUCCUCUCUGCCCUCGGCCGCGAUCGUCUUUUGCUUCUUUUGAUGUUGUUUCAUCCUUUGGAAUGGAAGAAGCAGCAGCGGCCGCAGCAGCCUCUGUCGAGGUUAGCUCGAAAUCUCGGAGUGCUUGGUUUCUUGAUGUGGAUGACGAUGGGUAGUGGCCGCCCGAUGAGUGAUUACAGUGCCGUGAAUUGUUUUGGAACUUCAGUCCUCAUCAUACAAAGCAGGAAGAUUUUGGUGGUUCUGCUCUAUCCUACCAGUUAAAAUGCCCAAGGAAAGGAGGUCACGAUCUCUGUCAUUUGAACGGCGAUCCCGAGCAUCACCUUUUCCAUCUACUUCUUCCUCACGUAUCCAAACUGAUUCUGUGGAGUCGGCCAAGGACAUUAAAGAAUGGGAGGAGGUUCGUUGCCCUGUGUGCAUGGAGCACCCCCACAAUGCUGUUCUCCUUCUAUGCUCCUCACAUGACAAUGGUUGCCGUCCGUUCAUGUGUGACACUAGCUAUCGUCACUCUAAUUGUCUGGAUCAGUACCGCAAGGCCUUCUCUGGAUCUAAGUCACUCCAGGAUAAUGGUGAUGCACAACAGCCAGCUAAGCUUUCAUGCCCUCUUUGUCGAGGGUUAGUCACUAGUUGGACAGUCAUAGAGCCAGCUCGCAAAUAUAUGAAUGCUAAGACUCGUAGCUGCUCUAUGGAGUCAUGUGCAUUUAGUGGUGUUUAUGGUGAGCUAAGGAAGCAUGCAAGGAAAGAGCAUCCAUCUGUGCGGCCAUCAGAGGCAGAUCCUGAUCGACAGCAAGACUGGAGAAGGAUGGAGCGACAGCGGGACCUUGGAGACCUGCUCAGCAUGUUUCGUUCAUCAGUUACCAGAGAGGAAGAUGGGUUCUACAUUAAUGAGGAUGACGAAGAGGCUAAUGGCAGCGUCUUCAUAUUUCCCUCGGUCACUAUGCUUUUGGUAGUGCAUGUGCGUCAAGCUGGAGGUAGCGAUACUGCUCGUUCAUCUCUGCCACAGUCUUCUAGACCAAGAACCUCUCUGCAGGAUUCAUCAAGGGGUCAAAGGGGAAGUAGAGUGAUACUAUGGGGAGAGACCUUAAGCAAUUCAACAUCUGUUGGGAGAACGAGCCAUAGCAAUGGAGCUAUUGGCGAUGGUGGAUCUGAUGAGACAGAUGCAGCUUCUCAACAGAACCAAGAAAGGCAGUGACGGCAGUUCCGGAUGUUGGAUGAUGAUGGUGUAUCUUGAUUCUAGUUUUCCUUUUCACGUUUGAAGCGCAGCUAGUUUCUGUGCACUUGUCAUUGGACUAUGGUCAAGAUGAUAGAUGAUUGUGAUGCAUUGUGAUGUUAA